GCGGAGAGUUUCAUUCGACGAGAACAUUCCUUACCCAUCGCAAAAAAUCUCUCACGCUAAUGGCGGUCAUUCCGGAGUCCUAUCACUAAAAAACACCGAUGUUAACGGUGAACUCUUCCCGAAACUUUUACCGACAGUUUGAUCGGCGACUCAGGCGGCUUUCAAGGAUACAGAAACGCGGAGUAGACGGUAUCGACUUAGUCGGGACUAUGGGGGUCGAAACACGAGGCUGAAAAUAUAUUGCUGACGUGGUCCUGAGCUCGUCGACCUUCCCUGAGCUUGAAGCUUCACGGCGACGAUAGCCAGUGCGUGCAUCCUGGACAAUACCCUGCAUGUCAUUUACAGAAACUUUCACGUGCAUCAAGCGAGAUGAAGCAAACUUUCAUGAUGGUUGUCGAGUCGAGGAUGUCAUCAAUAUUAUUCGUAACAGCAUCAUGUACGCUUUCACUCGUCCGUACCAACGCAGCAUAUGCUAAAAUAAUAUACGCUGCCUUUCGGCAUAUGCCUGUACGUCUAUCAUUCAUAUUCUUCCUAAUACGCACAGUCUCGGUCCCUAUAAAUGAUGUCGAUAAAAAGCAAAAACUCACCGGCGUCCGUCAGCUACCCCCUCAUUGUUAUCCAGUCGACAUCUCUUUCUGCGAAAGCGUAUCUCCAGGGUCGAUGUCGAUGUCUGAUGCCAUCUCACACGCUUCUGUAUCAUCAUCAUUCGACGAUUCAUAUAACUUGGUGCACAGGACUAUCCCCGUGCGUACUUCUUCUCUUUGUGCGCUCUAUCUUCUCCUGCCCAGUACGCGCUCUAUCCGGUCAACGCACGCUGUGCCAGAGUCUGGACCAAUGAAUCGGUCUGUACCGCCCUCAGCGCUGACUGCGAACAAUAAGGUUCGGACAAGGCACUCCCUCCCGCAGUUAUUUCGCCCGACUUCAUACAUCUCCAAUAUGUCACCGGAUUUUUCAGUCUCCGUCUCCCUUUCUUCUCAUCCACGAACAAGUUCUAAAGUUUUUUCUGUCUUGUCUCCACUUAUCCAGCGUCGACGGCAAAAGUCUGCCGAUACAUGUCCUUCGGGAGUCAUGCCUUCUCCUUGCUCACAGCCUUCUUCACCGUCAUGCCCAGUCACCACAGAGCACCGUCUCCGUCAGCUCGACAAACUUCAACGCGUUCUAGGCGAGAAGAUACCCUUGGAACUCGUCCUCGGGCCUUCGCCACACCCAAACAGCGUCUCUCUAUCCUCUGAUUCUCCUACAUCGAGCUUCAGCUCACAGACCCGACUAGCGGAUGCAUCGCCCUCGCAUAACCAUGACGGGCCUAAUCACCCGCGGAGAAUGUCCUUACAAUCGGAGACGCCACUGUCGCGUGCAGUACCGGAACCAUGGCUGGCACACGCGCCGCCUUCGGAUAAUCCCAAUCAUCCUAAACGGCGGCAAAGUGUAACUUUGGCGCCGGCAAACGAACCCUCUUCAUCUCUCGACUACCACCACCGUUCGCACUCUUCACCGGCAUUUCAGCCUACGCACCCACAUGGUUCCAGACCGUCACUUUCCAUCACUACUCCAAAUUCUCCUAACAACGAGCACACGAGCUUAAACUCAAAUCCUUCUUCCACUUUUCACAGCCAUUCAAAAUCAUCUCCCACCCUGUUCUCUCCAACAUCAGUCCCACCGACCGAGUCCAGGCCAUUUAUUUCGCUCUCGCACUCAGAUUUAGAACCGGUGUCAGGUGUCGCUGCGCCUGAUGAAGGAAGUGACACGCGUCAUAAUCGAACUGCACGCGAGCUUUCAUGGGACACGUUUACACAGACGUUUCCUCUUCCGCGUCCGGACACUCCCUUUCUCUCGAGUUGUAUCGCGAAGAGUGAUGGUGAUGAUGAUGGGGACGACGAGGUGCAUCUGGGAAUUAAGAAGGAACGUAGGCAGGGUUGGAGCGGGCAGUGGAACUGCGAUGAUAUGAGGGAAGUCAUUGAACGCCUACGGGAUUUACGAUAGUUCGGUUGUGAAGGGAGCUUCGUUCGUUGAUACGUCUUAUUCCAUUUCCUCGCCUAUGUAUUACAAGGGUCGAUAAUAUUACCUGUGUGUACAUAAUCCUAAUAUGUAUCUCGCUACCUUAUGUCUGUUCUCACGUUAAUGUAUGAUAAAUAUUUUCUAAUACCUGGGCAACUGCCAAUAACAAUAGUCUUAUUCUUUGAC